GGCCGUGGAGCGCACUUGUUCAGGAAGGGGAGAAAGAGGACGAGCAGGACACUGUUUUUUUCCAGCGGGCAGAGGCACUCUGCGGGGAGGGGUUGGUGUUCGACUUUCACGGCUUCUGCACUGCGCUCGACCCGCUUGUGGAGAUCACGAUGACUGGUGGCGAGACACCCGAGCGGUGGCGGAUGCUCCCCACUCUGCUAUGGUGAUGUUGCCCGCGUCCAAAUGUCCCCUCCUCGGAUGAGACCACGUAUGAAUGGACGGCUGUGCAGGUGAUGGAGAGAAUAUGCUCAUUGUGUCGAGAGGGACAUCAUUGCAUUGUUGAUUCAGCUCUAAUAGUACCAUACAUUACAUUACAAACCACGACGGAUUUCAAUUAAAGAUGAUUAUUGAAUGCAAAUAAGAAAAAUCAACAAAUGUCACAUGUAUCCUUUUCGUGUAUAAGGAUGCCAGUUCAUCUUUGCGCGCGUGUAAAGCGAGUGUGAGGUGGCGGGAGACAAAUUAGCCAGUGUACCAAACAUUGCGGAUGUUACAAAAUAAAUAAAUAAUUAUAGAUUUUAGCUAUUUUUUCCAACAUGUUUUGGUGUCUGAAACGUACCAUGGCAAUCACGACCAACAUGCCCGGUUGAGGGGAAAAACUUGGUGGAUUAAUUUUUUUAUUUUGAUAAUUUGAUUGAUUUUAAUAUUGUGCUGUGGUCAUGAUGACAACACAACAUUUUAUCUUCAAGCGAAGCACAAGAGGCAUCUGACGAGCCUAUCGCACUGUGGAAAUGGUUCGGGAGAAAACGAUGGAGCAGCCAUGGAGAACAUGAAACAUUUAUACUAACUCAUCUUGGAAUGUCCCCCUUCUGAUAUCCCCAAUAUCCCAAAAGAGCCGUACUCUUCUUUUUUGGACAUCGAAAAACAAACUGAAGAGGAAUUGUGAAUCCUACUGCACUGAUAGUCGUGCAACAAGCCAAGCUAUCCACCCCACCCCCACCCCACAUUGCAUUUUUUUUACACCUGCACUUGACCAUUAGCACUAACCACAGAGAGAGACCAAAAACUACAUGGCGUCUUCAUCUUGUAAAGGCCGCACCAUAUAGGCUUACCGCCCGGCAACUCUCCCCCUAUGCAGGUGGAAGAAGCAGAAUAAAAGAGUUGAGUGUCUGAGCAGUCCGCAGGCAGAUGGGAUGUAAUGUUGUGUGGUCGUGCUGAGCAUUCGCCUCCUUCUCAGCUACAGCUGCUUUGUAAAGAUUUGGUGUCCAGCGAAUGGCGCGGUUCGAAAACGAGAUGCCGUCCAGGUAUGGCGGCGGCCACGGCCAUGGACCAGGGCAUGGACCUGGAGGCCCUGGCCGCGGCGGCAGCCGGCAGGGCGGCCCGCCUGGAGGCCCCGGGGGACAGCGGGUCUACAAGCAGUCCAUGGCGCAGAGAGCCCGGACCAUGGCCCUGUACAACCCCAUCCCGGUGCGUCAGAACUGCUUCACCGUCAACCGCUCGCUGUUCAUCUUCAGCGAGGAUAACUUUGUGAGAAAAUACGCCAAAAAGAUUACAGAAUGGCCAUAUCCUUUACAUGUUUCUCAUCACUGUGUAUCAUGA